AUGCCACUGAAGUAUAAGAACGAGCAACAAUGUCACAAUGCCCGACUGGAAUCUAAGCGCAGGUGUUAUGAAAGGCACAAGCUUGAUGAGCGCUUGAAAUCUAGGACUCAUUGGCGCAAGCAUCUGGGAGCUACUGUGGCUACCCAACAUUUUAUAGCACGACUAGAUUUGAUAUGGCUCAAUCUUGGCUAUCAGCCAGGCCAUUCUCAAUACACUGUUCUCCAGUCACAGGGCCUCACACUUGUCCACAAAGUGGAUGACGAAGGUUGGCAGGUUGUAAGGCCAACUUAUGAAUGCAUAGUAGCAGAGGCGCAAGAACUUCUUUCAGAGGCUAGGGAGGUGCUUGCAGGCGCAUUACAUGCAGAAGCCGCUGUUGACAUAGUGGAGCUGCAUUGCGAUGCAUGGGACAAAGCACUCUCAUUGAUGGAUGAUAGCGCAGAUAUGUACUUUGAAGCUCUCAUGUCUGAUCAGUUGCUCAAGCAAGAUUGGUGUAUCAACGAUCAGCAUCAGAAAGCCCAAAGCCAUGUAGCCGAGGAGCGCAGGCUUUACCACAAACAUUCUUGCUUCACUCGUACAUUUUCUGGCAAGGUAGCCUCUGAAACGGAAUUCUUCAUAGCUGAACAUGAGCCAUCUUUAGUCGUCUCUCACCCACCAUCAGGAGUCGACAUAACUAUGGAAGAUUUCGGGUUUGAUUCACAUACACACACUGACACUGAACUUAUAGACUAUGACAUGGUGGAUCCUGCAUAUGAGAAUUUUUUGAAGGAGUCUACUGUUGGGCCGAAGAAAUGUCUCAGGUCAACCGGUGACCGCACAAUGGCUCUCUGGCUUCAUGAGCGCGAUGUAGCGAUGGUCGCAGCGUUGGGCUCAAAACCACAUAUUUCCAUACUCAUGUCAACACCCAAAACAUAUGCACACAUGUCCGAGCCACUCCGUAUCGGAUCCGGCGCAUCGGACCUUCGGACAUCGCAUCGGCCGAUCGCACUUCGCGCACACUUGUCCAUCCCGUGUCCUGUCCAUCCGAACUAG